UGCUCAAGACAGUUCUUAAUGACUGAUAUUGAUAUAUGGUAAUUCCUUAACCGGAUCACAUGACACAAUUACCUCGAGAAUCGAUAAAGAUGAAUUGCACGUCAGCCUACGUUUCCGAUUUUUUCUCCCUCGCGGGUCCUUUCCACGCGCCUAUGGUGCAAUAGAUAGACAAAGUUUAACACACUCAAGCUGCCAAUUCUAUUUCGCUAUUUCAAAAGGGUGAAGGAGAGAGAUGGCGGAGUACGAUGAGCGUGGCAACUGUGCGUCAAAUAUGUAUUUACCAAGUUGUACAUAUUACGUUUCGGCGCCUGAUUUUUCUUCAGUCUCCUCGUUUUUACCCCAGACUACUUCGUGUCAAAUAAAUUUUCCUUAUUCUUCCAACAUAGCUCAAGUCCAACCUGUUCGAGAAGUGUCUUUCAGAGACUAUGGACUGGAUCACUCAAACAAAUGGCAUUACAGGGGCAAUUACGCGUCUUACUACUCAACGGACGAGAUAAUGCACCGAGACUUAAUCCAGUCGUCGAACAGGGCGGAAAUGAUAUUCAAAAAUGAUUCCUUGUACGGCCAUCACGGCGGUACGAGCUCGCCAUGCAAUUUCUUCACAAAUGUCGGCCGAAAUGGGGUUCUUCCACAAGGGUUCGAUCAGUUCUUAGAGACUGUUAACUCUGAGAAGCCCAACCCUGACGACUCAAAACAAAAGACACACUCCAGUCUCCCCGGAGAUGCUGCGUGUAAUAAACAGACUUCGGAUAGGCCUACAUCUGAGGAAUCUAUACGAGACCCAACUGAGGACAUAGACGAAGAUGAUUAUUCGAUAUCAAACUGCGCUGGAGACAAGAACAACGGCCCAAGUUCUUCAAAGUCCAGAAAAAAGAGAUGCCCCUACUCCAAAUACCAGAUCCGAGAACUAGAACGAGAAUUCUUUUUCAAUGUGUACAUAAACAAGGAGAAGCGGCUCCAGUUGUCAAGGAUGUUACACCUGACAGAUCGACAGGUGAAGAUUUGGUUCCAGAACAGAAGAAUGAAAGAGAAAAAGCUCAACCGGGACCGGCUUCAGUAUUUCACUGGGAAUCCCUUAUUCUGAACCCUACUCAUUUGGAGUCAAUAGUUGCUAAAUGCUUCACAACAGAUUGAAUAAAGAGUUUAUUGGGGGACAUCUCAUAAUCUAUCAAAACAACAGAAGGUGAAACACCUCACAGCAUAAUGGACUUUGCAAACAGGCUGGAUCUAUCUAUGCAAGGCUCUUGGCAUCUGUCACAUAAAUACUUACCUCAAUGAACACAUGAAUCCUGUUAUUUAAAAUAAGAUUCAAUCUAGUGAAGAAAUCCUCCAGGAGACCUCGUCAUAAUGUCCAUUUGUAUAUCAUUAUACUAAUUAAUUAUAAUCUCUAGGCUAUGCAUAUCUUUUUUAUUUAUUUAAGUUUACAUGGUGGCGUUUGGUGGAUUCUAAAAUAUUGCAGUAAGCAACGCGUACUUUGAGUAGAUGAAUCGGUCAAGUAGACUACAAUAAGUAAUUUAUAAUAGUAGAAUUAUGUAUGCAUUUAGUAGAAGCAUGUGAUGUAUAUUGUGGUUAUGUGAUAUCAAAAUAAAGUACACAUGGCAAAUGUAGUUAUGCGUUACCUCGUGUAAUUGCAAUCACAACGAACUAAUUUCGUAUAACUUUGGUCAGGAUCCACAUUUGGCAUAGAAAACUAGUUAUGCAUAAUUUCAUACAUUUCAACAAGGUUUUUCAGACUCUACUAUAGGGAUGCUCUUGUCAAAGCAAUCUGAUAUAUUUGUAAAUUACCAAUUGCACUGGCACUAAUAGUUAUAUCAGUAGGCCACAGGACUAUACAGUGAAUUUCCUGUUAUUAUAGCCAAGCAGUAGCGCCUCUUACUUGCUUCAACUUCAAAGUUUAGACUAGACCUUUUAUUCCCUUUAUUUUGUCUUACACUUAGGCGGUUUUCUAAACCUUGAACCGUCUAGACAGUAUACUAAAAACUAGCUGUAAAUGUCUAAAUUGGGGGCUAUUGGACCCUCUGGCCACUCCAAAUGCGGCCCUACCCCAAAAUAGUCUAGAAGAAUGCAGUAGGCUACUGUUUACUUGUCCGGCUAUUGAAUUUAAA